AUGAGCACCUGGGAAUUAAAGCUGACGCUCUCUCUGACGCGCUUCCCCCUUCACUAACUGUGCUUUUUCGCCACAUUUGUCGCCGGUGUCCUCCCUCUCUCGAAUAGUGCCCACGAGGGAAUACACGUUUAAUUGAUAUCGGAUUGAUCCCAAGUGAAUGACACCAUCCCUCGGAAAAUGAAGAUGGGCUCCUGAAGAUAAGCAGCGUCGACACGAGUUUUUAUUUUGCGCGUGAAAUAAUUUUUCGUUAUGUGGUGUCUGUUUUGUCGGUGCAGUGGAGUUUGAGUUCAGAAGAUCUGCAAAAGUAUGGACCAAGCAAAUUUGCCGCGCGUGUUAGUGAAGGAAUUAAGGUUUUUUGUUGUGUGUGGACUAAUUAUAGGAUUACUAAGUGUACAGACAGUCUCCUCGAGGAGCUCUUGUGACAUCAGGACGCAUUUCCCAUGUAGGACGACGCCGUCUAUUUGUAUAGAAUUAUCUCAGGUACGAGAUGGCAAGAGAGACUGCCCGGACGGCUCCGAUGAAGAGUGUCCAGAUGGCAUGCAUCGCUGUAUGUGUGGUCUUCCCAGGUGUAUAGAGAGAAAUAAAGUAGGCGAUGGCAUAAAACAUUGUCAAGAUGGUUCAGAUGAAGGCGAGGAUUCAGGUAACCACCUGUGCCCCGAAUCCUUUGGUGGAGAGGAUCCAUUCGAAGUGGAAAUGAAGAAAAGACGAAGGAGAAAUCCUCAUAAUCGGAACGAUCCUGUCGUAUAUCCAUCUGGCAUCAUUUCGGCCUUCAUCGGUACAGAAGUGAAUGGUGACAGGACCACCUAUCACACUACCCAACUGUACAGGACCUACGUGGACGGCAGCUACACCGAAAUUCUGCAUUCUACUUCUAUGAUCAGUCCCACUCCGACAUUCAACGACGAGCGACGAAUGGAAUCGACAACGAACGUGCAUCGGUUUGGGUCUCUGAAUUCUGGAAAGGUGUACCUCACAGCUGUAAAUGAACCUCGAUCAUCAAUAAGCAAUUUAGAAUCUGAUUCUGGGAUCGAAGUUUCUGGAACUUUUCUUCCACCUGCCGGACUCAUGUCAACGAAACACUUUGGAUUAGAUAUUUCUGCUAAAACAAUCGGGACUUUAUAUCCAGCAAAAAGCGAUUCAUCGAUCAUCGUCGUUACAGGAACUGCUGGUACUUUUGUCCAAAGAGGCCCCACAGCUGACAUGACGUAUCCAGUUUUCACUGGUUCAUAUAUCAGUGGUUUAGAAAAUCCUACAACAUACAAGUUUUUCUUUGGAAACCGUCCGCUUACAUCUGAUGUAAGAGUAAUAUUACCCACAGCAUCUGCAAAUGUCUUUGAAUCCACUGAAAGAUAUGAAGCAGAAGAAAGUGGACUUCAGGGUUCAAUUAGUAGGAGAAAUGACGUAAUUGAAGAUUCUUUAAAUGAUGCAAAUGUGAAUGGAGAUUUUCCAGGACCUUUCUAUGUUCCUUCAAAUAAAAGUGAAGAAUAUUACCAAAGUCUACCUACAAUGCGACCAGAUGUAAAACCUGUAGCAGUCACUCGUUACGUUCAACCAUCAGCUUAUCCAGAAACAGAAGAGGCAGUUUUAGCUGUUGCAGAUGGAAACACUAUUGGAGUAGUAGGAACAAUCAGAAGGCCAAAUAAGGAAACCACUCUUAGAGGUCAUGAGGGAUAUCACAGACAAGGUCGACUUUAUAAUCCAAGUGCUACUGGUCGAAGAGUAGGACAAGGUGGUGCUACAAUCAUAACAGAUCAGUUCUUUUUCCCCGGGCACAGAGUAGAAACUUCAGUGGUGGGAGAUACUUCGGUAGCUUACAACAGAGAUAUCAGCAAUGCCUUUUACAAUGUUGACGGAUUCAGCGUUCAAGAUCAACUGCGAAGGUUUGUAAAGCCAUCUGUAGUUAAAGAUAAGCGCCUUACAAGAACUGUUGGAUUAUAUGGUCCAAUAUAUGAAGUAGACGAUCUCAGUCUUUCACAUAGUACUUCCAAAUCAUCAAGCGAGGCAAAUCUUAAAGUAGUAUCAUCGACUGAGAACGAAUCGAAUGAUGAAGACUUUACCACUACAUUAUAUGGAUUCGCUGAAUUCAGUACGAGGAUAUCAGGAACACAUUACAUAUUUCUUCCAGCUUCCACUAGGCCUCGGACAUUUACACCUCGAGUAACAAGAACUAGUUUUUCAAGUGGCGUAUCAAUUCCACCAAAAAAUCCAAAUGCAUCCAACAAAGAUAACCCCGAAGCCUUUUUUCGAAAGCCGUUAUUUGGUACUGAAACCAGAGAAUUCAUAUCACAAAAAUCAAUGUUUACCUCAACAGUUAAAGAACCAGUUGAAAUUCAAAAAACUAUGUUCACAUCUACAGUUAUGACAAAACAACCAGAUGAUCGAAGCAGAGCAAGAAAGGUUGAUAGUACGGUCGAUACUGUAAUAGCAGAAACAUUGCCUUUAGACUUAGCGACAGUCUAUACAAGUGCUAAUGAAAGAACUGCAUCAGUUAAUGAUGGACGUCUUUUCUUAAAUCUUCAAUCUAUGAAAAAACACAGUAUGCUAAACGAUAAUUCUCUGACUCUAGAUAUCAGUGAAAUUGUAGAUAGCGUUGAAGGAACAGACGAAAAUAUUGAACCAGCGCAUCCUACAGGUCUGGUUAGUUCUAUCACAGGUACUGAGAUAUACGAUGGAACAACUACGCAUUGGACAACCUUGAUAUUCGGAACAUAUAUCGAUAAUACAUAUGCACACGUCAUCGAAAGUACUUCAAGCAUUUUCUUCACUGUUUCAAAAACCGCAAGUCCCGAAGAAACAUUGCUAACAGAAAGUGAAACAUCAGAAAACAGAUUCACAAGCUCAUUCCCUGAAGAAACUUUUUCGCCAACAAAUUUGGAAUCAUCAACUGAAAAUAAAAUAGAAAUUUUAUCAUCUUUAUCAGAUUUAUCCUCUAUGGCAAUGAACUCCAAAUCUAAAUCUGAAGAUUCAAUUUCUGCUACACCGAAAUUAGAAAUUCUAACUUCAGGUUUCAUUUUACCAGGUCUUCGAAGCAUUUAUAAUGAAGACAGUAUAAAAGUGGAAUCCUCAGAGACAAUCACUUCUGGAAGUUCUGUCCAUUUGUUAAGUGAAAUCUCAUCAACUGAUAUUUCUCCUGGAGUUGUUUAUGUAGAUGAAAAAGAAACAACUCUUUCACAUAAUUUGGAGAAAACUGAAGAUGAUGCAAUACAUAUUCUUACAGAUGGCUUUAUACUACCAGAUGCUCCUCAGCCUACUUUAUCGUCGAGUCUACUGAAUACAGAGGAGAUAAGUAGAGAACCUAAAGAUCUUAAAUCACUGACUACAGAUGAUUUACUGGAAAUAGUGAAUCGUAAAAUUUCUGAAAUUUCAUCAAGCUCCGACAAAGAAGGCAAUAAUGCUGAGAGCUCUGUCUCAACUACAGACGCGGAAGUAGUAACAGCUAAUGAGUACACAAGUACAACUUCAAUGGAAUUUUAUAACGAAAAUGGGCCCAGAGAAAAAGAAACAUCAUCAAGUCUAGUACUUUUGACAGGUGAUUUCAUUUUACCUAGCAUGACUACUGAAUACGAAACUGAAGUAAGCACAGAAGAUAAAUCUAUUUCUAGUACAAUAACAGGAGACUUCAUAUUACCAUCGACAUCUAAUUUAAAUGAAAAUUUGUAUUCCGCAGAAGAAACAAAUUCCACUCCAGAAUCUUUAAGUAUUUUAACUGAUGGUUUUAUACUUCCUGGAGUAGCGCAGAGCUUCAAUAGUCCACAAUCACAGUCAUCUACCAUCAAUGUCUUACCCUCAUCUGCUUUAUUGACUGCCGAUAAUUUCUUAACAGAAGACGAAGAUGAUAAAAAUGAACUUGCAGGUGGUCGUAGUGCAGGAAAUGAAGAAAAAACAAUUAUUUUAGAUGCAGACAUAAAACCGUCAAAGAGUAUUGUGCCUUCAGAUGAAAAAGAAGAAGUCCCAAAUGAUCUGUCAGAAAAUGAGAACAACAGAUCAGGAAAAGCAUUAAAUAUUGCUUUCCUUUCAACUGAAAAUCCGAAUGCUGAAGAAAUAUUACCAUCUAUAUCUUUUCCAGUAACAUAUUUUACUACAUCAACUUAUUUUACGACAUAUCUAGCUGAAGGGAAACGAAUUAUUACGAGUAGAAAAGAAACCCUUUCAAAUGUAUACACCAACAGUGAGCAACUUAAAUUAGCAAAAUUAAAUCCAACAGAAACGAUAAUUAUGCCUCAGAUUCAACCUACUAAAUCUAUUGAUCCUUCAGAUGACCUUACAACUUUUACCUACUUUACGACAUAUUACAAAGAUGGUUCUAAAGUUGUUUCUUCGAAUGUUGAAACUAAGAGUGAUAUUUUUGGUGAGACUUCAACCUCGAUGCCAGAACUUGAAUCUUCAUUAACUGUACUGACUUACCCUACUACUUAUUACACUACAUUGACUUAUUUUACUACACUUGUUCAAGAUGGUUCUACAAAAAUUGUAAGUAAUGAAGCAGUGAUAUCGAAUGUUAUUUCGCCAUUAUCAGGAAAAAGCUCCAAACCAGAAUCAAUUUCCAUCACAGAAACAGUGCCUCUUACAAUAUACCCAAACAAUGUGACCCCGACAACUUACUUCACGACUUUUACAUAUUUCACCACUUUUCAUAAAGAUGGCACCACUUCCGUAAGUACUAAUUAUAAAACAAUAAGUAAUGUAUUGUAUGGUACUGAAUCUAUAGCAAGUACUCCAACGACAGACGUUCAUGAAAUAACAAGUACUGACAGCAACUUUGUAGGAAAAUCAAAAUUAGCAACAUACUUUACAACUUACACUUAUUAUACAACUUAUUUAAGAGAUGGUAACCCUGUUGUGUCUAGCAGAGAAGAAAUAAUAUCUAAUGUUAGAGCAAUUGAGGCAACAAGUACUCCCGUUUUAACAUCUGAAAGUAAAGAAAUUACAUCUAGCCCAAUAGUGACAACGUUUUACACAACUUACACCUAUUAUACAACGCUUCUUAAAGAUGGUACGACAACUGUGAGCACGAGGAAGGAAACAGUUUCAAAUAUCUUAGGUAAACACACAACAGCAUCAAACCUUCCAGUAAUUACUCGAACAGAUUCUCCAACAAUAAUAGUAUCUGCACCUACAGUGAAAACUUACUUUACGACUUAUACUUACUAUACAACUUACCUACGUGACGGUAGCUCAGUUAUUUCCACUAGAGAGGAUACAAUCACAAAUUUAAUCACUGAAAAUCCUGCUACUGUAACCAUAUCAACUCCUAUAGUACCAUCUAGAAGUUUUACUACAUAUUAUACGACUUUGUCUUCUUAUUAUACAUUAUUUAAUGGAGGUACUCGUUCUGUAAGUACAGUAUACAGCACACUGACGGACGUUGUUGCAUUAGAAACAACAUCACCAGAUCUCAAAUCAACAAUCAGAGAAAGUCCAGUUCUUACAGCACAUUAUUCAACUAAUAGCAUUUUAUCCACCAUUUUGAAUUCUGGUGAACACGAGGUGUCGGAGAAAAAAGAUGUUCCAAAUAAAGUUACAAUUCUUGAAAAUGGCAAUAAACCUGCAACGAUAGUGCAUGCUGUAACACCAAUUUUGCCAUCUGAUAAGUAUGAUAUUCAACCAACUGUUGCGAUAACAAACACAUAUUAUACUACAUAUACUUUUUUCACUACAUAUUUGUCUCGAGGACAACCAUCUGUAUCAACUAGACUGGAAACAGUUACUAAUUACGUCACUGAAAGCAUUUUUCAAAGUCGAACAAUUUUUCCAGACGACUCCUUGAGCUCUACAUUGUCAACUAUUCAAAGUUCUUCAAUAUCAAUCCAUGGUUCUGUUGAUUCAUCUCCUAAUCCUGAAGAACAUUUCGUAACCAGUAACAAUGCACCCAUAACUCACUAUACUACGUACACGUUCUUCACAACUCUAUUAUCAGAAGGAACCUCAGUUUUACAAUCACGGACUCAUGUUGUAUCUAACGUAAUUAAUAAUGCAGCUACGAAAAAAGAUAUUGAAGCUUCAUCUACUAGCAAUGUUCCAAUCACCUCUACAAAAUCAUUACCUAUAGCUACUUCAUUGAAUACAGUAUAUACUACUUUUACAUAUUAUACAACAGUGUUUUCAAAUGAAUCUCCGAUCAUCAAUACCCGAUAUGAGACUUCAACUAAUGUAAUUACAAUUGCUGCCACUCCCACAGCAACAGAAAAAUUUAUGAAAACAACUUCAGAUCUGGAAGCAGCUGAAGGAGAAUUGUAUGAGAAAAGAGUUCACCCAACACCAGUAAUUACUUAUUACACAACUCAUACUUAUGCUCAAACAAGCAUUGAUUCAGAUGGUAGAACUAACUUUAUUACACGAGAAGUAGUUGCAUCUGCAACAGUUAAAGACGAUCUUAAUGGUAUGAACAAUCUGAUACAUUCUAACACCCAGUCAUGCUGCUCACUUUCAACAAGAUAUCCUUAUACUUUUUAUACAACUUAUACUUAUUAUACAACACGAUAUCAUGGCGAUAAACCCAUUAUCAAUACACGGUAUGAGACUCUUACAAAUGUUAUAAAAGCUCCGAUUCAAAAUUCAGCUACCAUAAUAUCUUCAGAUGAAACUGUCAAGAAGUACUCGAUAACAAGCACUUAUCCAACAAUAUUAUCUACGAAGAACGCUGCUUCAACUCGAAUACUUCCUACUCCCAGUUCUGACUAUGAGCCUGCUUCUCCAAGAGUUAAAAUUUCAGAUGUUGUUAAAAGUCAUAGAAUUCAUAAUGAAACUGAAUCAUCAACCUCUAAUCCAAAAUAUGAACUAGAAAUAAGAAUUCUCAAUGAAAUAGACAAUAGUCCGUCACCGAUUGUAGUUGAAAUAAGCUCGAAUACUAGUGAUGAGAAUGUUAAAGUAAAAGAAGAAGAAACCACUGAUUCAAGUCUCUCCAGUGAUUCUAGCAAUUUUUCAGAAAGCACGACUAUGAUGCUAGAAAAGUCAGAAUUAUAUAAAACGACGAAUACAGAAACUUCGACCACAGAAGAAGGAACCACAAAUAAUUCUAUAAAUGAUAUUUCAGUGACAACUGAGUCAUCAGAUCAUAUCAAUAUUAAAAAUGAAACAGAAUUUCUGAAUACAACAGAAGGAUCAGAAGAUAUUGAAAUUACCACCAAAGUUACACCAGUUGAAAUAACAACUACUGUUGAAAUACCAAAGCGGGGAAUAUUCUCUAGAAGAAGAAAUAGACCUACUUAUAGACCAAGACCAUCAUUUCGCUCUGCGACUUCAUCAACAUCCUCCCCGUCAACCAAAGCUACAGAGAAAACAACUACCACACGAACUCCCUUAUCGUUUAAUAGACGAAAUUCAACCAGACUUUCAUACCGCAGACCAAGUCUUGCUCCCAGGCCGAAUCCUUUGCAAAGGAUUAGACCUGUGAGACCUUCCUUGACAACUCCUGCUUCUACAUCAAAUGAGGAGACAGCUAAAAGAAGACGUAGAUCUAUUAAUAGAUCGCAGUCGGAAUUUUCUAUUAAACCUCUUACCAGGAAGUUAAUGUCUGCAAACCACGAAGAAACUUUUGAUGGAAUAUCAAAGCAUAAUGAUUUGAUUUCGAGUGGAAGUAAUUCCUCUCCCGAUGGAAAAAAUCAAGAACAUCAGUUGGGACUCAUCCGUACAAUGGAAUCUAAAGUGAUAAAUAACGGAGUAACAACAGUCUAUGGAACAGAAAUUCAUGGUACAUUUAUCAAUGGGGUAUACGCUCAAGUAGCACAAACCAAAGUGAGAAUACAUACAGAUACAUCAAAUGAAAUUGAUAAAACGCCAAUUAAUGCUACACCAUCUUUAAACUCAUUUAGAAAUACUGAAACUCAUAUCAACAAAGUUGGCUUAGUUUCCUCUAAAUUAAGUACAGCAGUGAAGGAUGGUGUUACAACAGUUUAUACCACAAACAUUUAUGGUACAUAUAUCGGAGAAGUGUAUGCGCAUUUAGCUCAGACAACAUCGAAUGUUAUUCAACCAACUGCUACAACACAAAAUCCAUAUCCAACGGGACUGGUAUCUUCAGUCACACGAUCUGAAGAUAAUUUUGGUACCAUUACGCUCUGGACGACGCAAAUUUACGGUACAUAUGUAAACAAUUAUUACGCACACAUUGCUUCAACACAUUCUAAUGUGUUUGUAAACCCGAAACCGUCUCUAGCAGUGCAACCACUUUCCUCAUUUCAAAAUAAUUUAUUCACAGAAUCAUCAUUUAAGACACCAACGCCCACAGCCAGAUCUAUUGAUGCAACUAAAACUUACAAAACAGGUUUGCUGUCUUCCAUAGUUUCAGAAGAAGAGAGGGAUGGUACUACAACUCAAUACGUCACCAAUAUAUAUGGUACUUAUAUAGGUGAGCAUUACGCAAAGCAUGCAAAAACAACAUCUAAAAUCAUUGCCCCAACAAGCACAGAGAGCUCGAGAUCAGUUGGCCUUAUAUCAACUAUUGUAAGUAGUGUGGUGAAUCAAAAUAUAGUAACACUUUAUAAAACUGAAAUAUUUGGUACAUACUUAGGUCAACACUAUGCUCAAUUAGCCAGAACUUCAACGGAAUAUAAAUUUCUUACUUCUGAAACACAACAGCCUACAGCUACGCCAAUUAAGCAGAAAACAGGAUUCCUGUCUUCUAGUACUGUUAGUAGCGAAAUAAAUUCUGGAACAACAACGAUGCACAUUAAUGAAAUUUACGGAACUUAUAUUGGUAAUGCAUAUGCUCAUGUAGCAAAAUCUACAUCAAAAGUAAUACAGCCAACACAAGUUGAAAACAAAGGACAAGUUUUACCGAGCACAGAAAACUUACAAAAAACUGGCCUGAUUUCUUCAAGCGUCAAAACAGAAGUAAAUGACGGUACAACAACUUUGCAUAUUUCAGAAGUCCAUGGUACUUAUGUUGGAAACUAUUAUGCCCACGUAGCAAGAAGAACAUCCACUGUUCUACCUUUCUCUCCUUCACCCACCACGUCUGUUGAACCAUUACCAUCAUCAACUACAAAUGCUAAAUCAGAAGGUUUAAUAUCAUCAGAAAUAAGGACAGAAGUUAACCAAGGAACAACAACAUUACACACAAGAGAAAUUCACGGUACCUUCAUAAAUGGAUUUUACGCACAUGUUGCUCGUAGUACAUCUAAUGUAAUCACUCCAACACCAACGUCAUCGACUCCAAAUACUGGUUUGAUUUCUGUGAUUACGAACAGCGAAAUUAAUAACGGUAUAUUAACUUUGCAUACUACAGAAAUUUAUGGCACACGAAUUAAUGGAUUUUAUGCACAUAUAGCUCGAAGUACGUCGAAUAUUGUUACAAGUACUGCUGCAAUUGAGACAUCAAGUAAAAUAUUGGGUGUGAUAUCUGCUACUACGUUAACGGAAAUAAACAAUGGUGAUACUACUCUACAUAGAACGAGUGUGAUUGGAACAGAAAUUGAUGGUGUGUACGUGCAAUCGGUAAAAAAGACUUCUUCUGUCAUUUAUGCUUCUCGGUUAUACCCCGAAGCUAUCACAAAAACUUUAUUUGAAACAGAAUCGAAAGCUAUAUUAUUGGGUGGAACAGCAAAAGAUGAUCUAGACACGGCUAGAGUAAAUGAGUUAGGCAAUGGCAAUCAAUUUGCUUCCUUAAUAGAUGACGGUGAUUUAGAAAUUAAAUCACCACUAAAUUCUGGUAUAGAUCUGCUAAGUCCUUCUUUGAAUUCGGAAAUCACAACUCUAGAAAAUAGUAGCGAAAUUACUCUGACUUCAGAGGUUUCAUCUAUCGAAACUUAUUUAUCAACAAAAAUAAUGGAAAGCUCAUUGCCUGAAAUUACUACAACCGAAUCUGUUAUUAGUACCACUGCAUCAACUUUGCCGCUGAAAGACUCUGUAACAGAGAGUAAUCUCCAGAGUAUAACAACUGAGAAAACAACAAAAUCUUCACGACCAGAGGAUGACGAAUACUAUAAUGAUUACAAUGAUAACAAAACAUUUAAUGACAAAGAAUCUGUUACAUCAAAACCUAAUAGUCAAGAGCAAACUUCUCCUCGGAAAAACAAAACGCCACCGUUAUCUUCGUCAAGAACCUCAGAUUCAAAUAAUGAAUAUGAUGAUUAUGAGUUUGAUAAUGAUUAUGAUGAAUUCGGCGAGAAGAAGCGAAAUCGAAAAGUAACUCCAAGUUUAUCGUCUUCGCGUUUUAAGAAUACAAGACAAUCCAAAAGAAAGACUGAUGCAUACAAUGAUCAAGAUUAUGAAAAUUAUGAUGAUUACGAUUAUCAUGAAGAUGAAUCAAGUUCAAUUAAAGCAACUAAAACAACUUCUGAAGUUUCAUCAUCAAAAGAAACACCUUCAUCUUCAAUAAGGAUUAGACCAUUUACAGGCAGAGGACGACCUACUUUCACCACAACGACAAGAUCUUCCACAAAGGCGUCAUAUACAAUUCAAUUUAGGAGGCCAAGUCGUACACGGAACUCUAGAGCGUUUGGGCAUAGAUCUGACAGCGAAAAUGAUUUUGAUGACGAGUUGAAUUCGGAAGAUGAGGAAGGGGAUAUUGAAGCUAGUGAAGCCGUAGUAACAACAGCAACACCGCAAGUGAUAUCCUUUAGUAGAAGAAAGCCAUUUGGAGGAAGCAGGUUUCAACCCCCUUCAAGAAAUACUCCAUCUACAACAACUUCUAGACCUUUAUCAAUCGGUCGAAAUCGACGGCCAUUUGGUAGGUCUACUUCAGCAAGUCCAUCUCCAACUCCGUCUGUAAAAGAUAAUGAUCCUGAUUAUGAAGAAAACACGACUGAAGAUGAUGAUUUUGAUGAUUAUGACGAAAUAUCCGAAAAGAAGGAUGCUAACAGAAAUCGAAAUUUCCGGUCUACUCGCAGACCACCAUCAAGAGUUUCAAGAUUUGGUGAAAGACGGAGUGCUUCAAAUAAAAGAGGAUCUUUCCGACAUAGGGAAGAAGAAGAAACUGAAAAUGAUGACUUUGAUUCCACAACUCCGAACUACAGAAAUUCUAGAAACAGAAUCAAUCAGAGAAAGCCUUCGAGAGGGCGAUACAACAGAAAUAAUUCUCAAUCUUUAAAAGCUUCUUUUAACUCGGUUAGUAGAGACGAAGAUGAUGAUUCACAAUCCCUUCAACCUAUCAAUCGUCUUCGCAACAAUAACCGCAAUAGAAGACCGUCAUAUAAUCCAAGAACUAAAAGACUUUCAAAAACAGCAUCUGAAACACAAACUAUUAAGAAACCAUAUUUAACUGUUACUUCUGUUGUUACAACUGUAAAAACUUUGCCAAUAUAUCAUGGAUUUAGAACUUCGUAUGCUACUCUUACAACAACUGCACUUGAUACAAGUAUUAUUCACCCAACGCAAUAUUCGGAAGUAAUUAGCGAUGAUAUAACAAAAACUGUCUUUUAUACAAAGACAGGAUAUCCAGAUGGUAUAGAGAAUCUACAUACAACAAUCACAGAAGUCGUUGUAACAACCACUUCUUUAGAAUCAGUGAAAUUAGUUCCCAUAAAAAUUGGAUUUAGUACCAGAACGGAUACUAUAACAGAUAUUCAAGUUCUUACUACUUUAUCAACUCUUCUUAGCGUAUUAACUCCCGAUACACCUCAACCUACGGCAUUUCCUCAACAAUUUCAACCAAAUUUCUACCCUCAACUCGGACCUCAAAAUCCAGAUUUUGGACUUGUAGCUUCAGCUAAUUCAUUUGUCACUACCCAGAUAGUUACUUCAACCACUGUGGUUCCAAUUAUUUUGCGAGGAAGAACAAUCCUAAGCACAUUAACUACAACUUCAACUGCUGAAUCUACUGUAGUUCAAACUGUCCAGGUGCCUCAAGUACCUCAACCUCAACCUAACUUUAUACCACAACCGUACUUUGCUUUCCAACCUCUGACAACUUUGCUCACACUUUAUGUGACAGGUGAACAUGGAGAGUUGAAACCUGUUGUUACUACUGUUACGGUUCCUCUAUACCAACAACCUGUUUUCCACACUAAAGUUGCUCGAAGUUUGCAACAGAGUCUACCUUCAGAACAUACUCUAAAAACUGCCGACAUUAUGGAUAUCCAACUAAUGUCUUCAUUGGGAAGAGGGUCUGACAGAGAUGUGGACAUUGACACACAUUACGAUCAAUUAUUGAGUUCUGGAUUAGAAGAAAUUAAUGAUUUGGGAGAAAUUCAAAGUACUAGUCUCAAAACAGAGCCGUUAGACAGCACUCGAAUUUCAAAUACUCCUCCUGGCAUUAUUUCUUAUGACGUAACGACAAUAUCUAAAGGGCCACUGACAGAAAUAUAUGAACAAAAAGUCACAGUCAAUCUAGAUACAGAUGAAAGUAAGUUAAAACAUAAUGAAAUUGAAAGAAGUAAGGAAUUAUAUGGAUUGGAAUCACGGUAUAGCUUUCGCAAACUUCAACAAUUUAUUGAAGAGGAGCCUAUAUUUAGACCACAAAGAGAUUUUACCAGAUUGCGAAGACCUCCGGCAAAUAUUGUUUUGGCAACUGCAGCUGAACGUAGACCUGAAGUUCGACCCACAGAACGAAUACCUCCAAGACCACGCUCGAGUCCUCCAAACAGACGUCCUCCCUCUGAAACCAUUGAUAAUGAUUUUUCGGGUAUUCCUAGGAACGAAUUUCAAGGAUCUUUUGCACGCAGACCAGUUCGGAGACCAGUCACUAAUAAUUUCAGGCCUAUCAAUGAAAGGCGUCCUUUCACUCCAUCUAAUUUAGACAAUGAAUUAAGAGACAAUCCAAUUCCUAUAGUACCUAGUCAGCCAUCAUCUGUUUUAGAUGACGUUGAGAAAAUUCAAGAUUUGUUAGGUUCACUUGAAAAAGAGAACAGAAACUUCAAUUCAUUUAACGGAUUUGUUGGUUCUCCGACUGAAAGUGAAGUAUCCAAUGGUUUUAGACCUUUGAACAAUCCUCCAGGACUAAGACGUGGACCGGGUCCUUCUGUUGAUGAUGGUCCCGCUCCUGUACCGCCUGGAUUCAGCGUCAGACCAAGACGUCUAAGAGUCACUAGACCAGUUAACCCAGAAGAUACUUUAAACACCGGCGUGAGAAGAGUAACUCGAAUAAGAUCACCCAUCAUAGAAGCAUCUUCUGUAAAUAUAGAAAAUGAAAUAAAACCAUCUAUGGAUUUCAUUUCUAAAGACUCAGUUACAGCAGAUGAAAGCAAAGACGAUGCUUUAGAAGAUAAUACUCAUAAUAUACCAUAUGAUGCUUCAUCUCCAGUAGUAGAAGAAACUCUUAAUAUUGCUGGUGAAAACAUAGCUAGUCGCCGAACAGUUAUUAAAAGACUGAAACCAUCUUUCGUUCCUGGCGAUGGUAGUGGUCCAAGACGUCCUCUCGUUGUUCGAAGGACAAAAGUAAAUGAAAAUUUACCUUCUUCUAUCACUACAGAAUCAAUUGAGGAAGUUAUUGAACCAACUCCCAGUUCAGUCGUUCUAGAAGAAAGUUCAGAUACUGGAGCGGAUAAAAUAGCAACUAACACAGAUAAUUUGAACACUCCCGAUGCAGUCGAUCCACUUAAGCCCCCAGUAAAGAAAGUUAUUCGACUGAGAAAGCCAGAAAAUGGUGAAACUUUACAAACUGGUGCCAGAAGACGUAUUGUAGUAAGCAGGAGACCUGGAAACAGUGAUUCUGCACCUUUCGCCCAAGGAAGAGGACCAGCGUCUGAUAAUAAUUUGAUAGCUGAAAAGCUGCAUAAUAGUGAGAACGACUUAGAUGGGUUUAAUAGAAUAGAUCCUAUUCCAAAUAGCCGAAGUAUCGAUACCCUUAGCUUAUUAUCAAUCUAUGCUACGAAAACAUAUCCGAUAACAUAUUUUACAACUUUAACAUAUUUCACUACUUUCCUACAUGGACCAGAUGUAAAUUAUGCAAGUAGAGAAGCGACCUUUUCAAAUGUUAUUGAUCAAACCCUUAAUCCAAAUCUAGUCAAAAUAUUUAAAUCUAACAAUGGACGAAUUUCACCCACAAAUGGUGAAAGUGUUAUUCACCUUGCUUCAAGGACAUUAGGAGAUACCACUACAAUAGUUAACUUAGCAUCACAGCAGAAUAUAUACAAUAGUGAAGUUUAUCGAGAUUUAAAUAAUUUCGCAUUAAUAAGUGAAAUGACACGCCCAGUUAUCACAACAGUCAUAAAGCCUACUCGUACUCAGAACCCAGUUUCUUUGAGUCGAACACCUAUUAACGCUAUCGCUUCUUUACCUAAAACAUAUUUAACUCUAUUUACUUAUUUUUACACAUUUUUUGAUGGUACAAAUACAAGAGAAUCUACUAGAGCAGAAACGAUGACAAAUGUUGCUUCAGAUCCUUUGGCAUACCUUACUGAAAGUAUAGGAACUUCGAUUGACGCAAAUGGUCACUUAAUCUUAGGGUCAGAAACUAGAACUCUCCAUCUUGGCUCACGUGAAGUAGAAGGCACUACGACGGAAGUUAAUUUAGGAUUGAAAACAUUGAUAAAAAUCGAUGGUGUUAGAAACGUUAUUUUGGAACCAACACAGCAAUUUCAAUACAUCACACCAUCCAGAACUUCAUAUCCCGAUGUGGCAUCUUCUACGGUCGAUACUUUUGAAUCACCAAAAUCAGUGGUGCUUGAUUCAUCUUAUUCUUCAGCUAAUGAUCUUUAUGAUACAAGUCAGCAAUCCACUACUUCAGAAACAACACCGUUAUACAGUAGCGAAUUUGAUGAAGCUUCAAAUAUUGUAGGAGUCCCAAGAUCAGUUGUGAAAGUAACAUCUGUGAUCCAUAAACCAACAGGACCUUUGAGAAGUGGAGUUUUUGAGCCCAGACCAGGAGUGAGAGUUCGAGUACGCCCAGUUGUAUCACGACGAUUAGUACCAAGCGACUUAGCAUCAUCUUUUGAUAUUUCGUUCGAUACUAAUGAUUUAUCGACCGAGAAUCCAUACGAGCCACUAGCAUCACCUCAUUAUAUACCACCUGGCAUUCAUAUGAGCGUGAUGUCAACUCCAGUGCUUGAAGAUGCAUUUGUCACAACUAUGUUGCUCCCAUCCGAAGGUCUUGGAAACGAUAACGAAAUAGCAUCUGGUUCUGUUGAAGUUGAUCCUUCAUCUGAUGGCGUCGUCGCACCUACUAGGAAGAAGUUAAAGGUUACUGUUAGAAGACCUCAAAGUGAGAGUAUCAGCAGAACUCACACAAGAUUUGUUCUUCCAUCUCGUUUCGAGAUCACCAGCAGGCCAAGGUUCUAUGUGGUUACUAGAACAGGAGCACUUGGCGUUGUUUCCAACACUCAGCGACCAUUUACUGUGAAAGUAAGCAGAAAACUGAAACCGACAACAGCAGAUAACAAUUUGGUUCCACCAUCAACAACUGUUAUCUACGAUACAUUUACAACCCUUACUUCUGUGCCUGUAAUCUUUGGCCUGGAUACCAGUUACAGAAAUGUUUUGCUUACAACUUCAUCUCCCAUUACUGUGUCGUUCGUACCAACACCAACAUUCGAAUCUGGAACUGCCAUCGCUCCUUCAACUGUUGUUCUGACGUUCUUCACCACUACAACGUUUACGAUCCCGUAUAUUGUUGGCGACGAAACUAUUUUCACUACCCUUGAAGAAACCAAUUCCAGAAUAGUUACGCAGACCUUAGGAGCAGAUUCACCGUCAUAUUCAACAGUUACAAGAACGCCAUCUUUCGACAAUGUUAUUCCAACAAUAUUGCCAAUCACUAGUGUUGAAUUUGGUUUUGAUGGUCCUAUUACUCACACUUUGUCUUCUGCAUUCAAAGAGCAGAUAACUGGAACGCCAUCAUAUGAUUCCAUAACACCAACAAAUACAUUGUACGAAACUAAAACAUUCUAUACUACUUAUACAUUCUUUUCUACUUUCUUUGCUGGUACUGAUGCUGUGGUCUCCAGUUCGGAGCAAGUUGUAACUAAUGUUGUAACUGUACCAAUAACCACUGACGUUAUUCAGCCGUCGUCAAUAGAAGCAGAAGUUAUCGGACCUCUUACUGUUUUUGAUACCAGUGAAACAGUUGUAACGAAAACGAAUUAUAACACAGUAACAUUCUACGCAACACUAUUUUCUGAUACUAGUUCAUUUGUGACACCUAUUGAAGAAGUGGAAACACAGUUGCAGACAAUAACUGAAACUUAUACAAUUACUAGGACCAUAGUUCCAACACCAUCGGCUUCCCUGGAACCAACUGUUAUUAUACCAACGACAUCUCUAACAACAGAAGAAGAAAGAUCUGUAGUUGUAACACAAACAUUAUACACAACAUUUACAAAUUUCGUUACAUUAUUCCAAGGUACAGAUACAGUUGUUACUAAUCUUGAAGAAACAGUGUCGAAUGUCGUUACUUUAACAGUGCCAGAAAGUGCUGCCAGUUCCUUUCAAAUUACUCCUACAUCUUCUGUACUUAAAGAAACUUCUGAAACAUUCUUACUAUCAAGUUUCCCAAGCUAUACAACAAGAGAAGUUUUGAGUACUCAGACGCACUACUUGACCUUGUUUAACAAUGGAGAUAGCUUAUUGUCAUCCAUCGAAGAAGUUGUUACCACUUACGUAACAGAGCUUGCGACACCAUCCUCUUCUCCAUCAUAUUCGCCUGAAACAUACUUAACUUCAUCACCAGAAAUUACUUUGAUUUCAUCACAAUUACCAAGUUAUGUGUUUGAGUCACCCUCGCCAACAGAGACCACUGAGACUGAGACCGAGACUUCCGAAAUUCAAACUUACCAUCCAGAACUGGUUCCUUCCAUUAGGAAAAUUUAUUCAACUCUUACAUUCUAUACAACAUAUUACAGCGAUACAAGCUCAAUUGUUGCAAGCCAAACAGAAGUACUAACAAGUUACGUAACUCUGUUUGUACCUCCUUCCUUAAUAACGUCUUCUACUACAUCUACAACAACAAAGGCAACUUUAACAGAAACCUCAAGAUCAAUUGAACCAACUUCUACUACAGAUCCUUCCGUAUUUGUAUUCACUACUACAGAUUAUUCUACUCUCACAUUAUAUACUACACUCUUCAGCGGUGAUGAAAUUGUUGUCAUAUCAAGUGAGCAUGUUGUUCCAGAAGUUAUAACAGCAACAAUAACGCCAUCUUCGACAACACCUGCCGAGACAACUACAACAAAUGAAUCUGUCUUAACGUUCUUGACAACAUUUACAUAUUAUACUACACGCUUCAGUGGAACGGAUCCUAUUAUUACUUCCAGUGAAAGUGUUGUUACACAGUACGUUACAAUUGAAGCUCCACCAUCUAUUUCUUCAACCACAGAAGUAGUUAUAGAAUCUACACCAGUUAUCGAGACUAUUCUCGGUAUCUCUACAGCUGUUGGUAGUGAAAUUGCAAGUAGCUUAGGCGAUGAUGUAAAAGAAAUGGAAAUAAUUGGAGUAUCAAGUGCUAUAGCAACAGGAAUCGAAGUUUCAUCAACUGUUGAAACUAAGGUUCAAGUAGAAAGUAAAAUUCAUUCAGAAGUUGGAUCUACUCCCUUAUUUUCAAUUCCAGAAAUCAUUUCUUCUAAAGAAAAAGAAACAAGUAGUCCUGUAGACAUUAGCAGCUCUUUCACGCCAUCUGAAGAUUCGGAUACGACAUCCGUUUCAACCCCUGUCUUGGUUCCUUUCAGCAGUGAAACUACAACUGAAACUGAAGGCACAUCCUUACCUGUUACGUCAACAAGUAUUGUAACAAAAGAAACGGAGCUUAUUGGUGUGGAUGGAAAGAAAACAUCUCUUUCUCCUAGCGAUACAUUGAUAUUAGUAACUGGUACUGACGGCUUUGUUACAAAGCUUGCAGAAUUUGAUUCUGUUGCUCUUUCUCCUGUCUAUAUACCUCCUAGCAAAGUAGCUACACCUAGUCCAUCAUCUGAAAUCAAACCUGCAACAGUGAUUGAAUUAUCUGAUUUACUUGGUGGUAAUACUGCAUUAGGAGGCGAUAUAGGCUUAGCCAUCCAAGAUAUUGUGAGCCGUAUAACAGGAAAGAAAAAUAAAACUGAAACAGAUGAAGUUACGACUGAUAUUGCUGUAACUGAUUUAACAACAGAAGAUCAGAGAUUAACAACAGAAGAUCAGAAGACAACAGAAACGACUCCAAGAGAAACCGAAUUAUCUGACAAUACUACUGGAACUGAAAAAGUUGAAACUACAACUGAAUCGUCAACAGAAAUGGAUCUCAAAAAGCACAUCAGAAUGGAUUCUAAAGAAAUUGAUUAUCCCGUUUUCAUUCUGCCUGAUAAAUCUGCAAGUGAUCAAGGAUCAAGUAAGUCUGAAGACCUUGCUCCAGUAUAUGUACCUACUGCAGAUGAAACAUCUAAGCCUAUGCCUGACUAUUCAAUUACGACUGAAACAUCAGAUGAGAGCAUAAAAUUAAGCACAAAGAGUUCUUCUCAUUCUGUUUCCACCAGCGUUAUUACUGGUGCAAGAACUGUUUUCAUCGUUCCUACGAAAUCUUCUAAGGAUGAUGAUGCAACCAAAGACAGCUACAGCGUAAUUUCUGAAACUAGUUCAAAAGAUAGAACUCCUAGAAUUGAAAUAUUGGAUGACACUGUAGUAGAUUCCUCGAUGACUUCUUCAGAAAAGAGUACUACGGCUGAAACUCCAAGUUUAAAACCAAGCAUAGGUACAAGUAUUAUCAGUGGAAUUAGAACAAUUUUCUUUGGAUCGGGUGCAGAUAAAACUACUCAAACCUCCGAAUACAGUAAAACAGAAACCGUGCUAGGAAGAGCAAACAUGGAAAUCGAGAAACCCAAAACAUUUACUACUGUAACGAAAGAUGGCAAAACGGUUAUUAGUAGAACUACAUCAGGAGCAACUACUAUAUUUUUCCCAGGACAAAUUCCAAAGCAUACAGCUCCUAUCAUUUCAACACGUUAUAUCACAAGUGUGGAAAGUAUUACAAGGACACUAGCUCUUACAACUACUAAAACUUAUUAUACUAGGGAUUCUACUCUUACCGUUCCUUCUGUCUACACUACAACUAUUCCUCCAAGAACAUUUGUUUCGACAAUAAUAGGUUCAAGAACAAUACUUGGUAUCUUACCAGAACCAACCGAAACAAUUCAAAUUCACAAAACUCACAAUCCCUCCGAGCGCACAACAACAGUUACUACCACGACAUUGAUUUUUAAUUCCAUCCCUUCAACAGUUAUUAGGACCUUAGUCUUACCCACAGAAGUACCAACGAAAACAAUAACAUCAGCAUCAUCGUCUGCCUCAAGCUCUCAAGAAGCAAAUGUUUUCAAUGCAGGUACCGAAAGGCCAGCUAAACCUCCAGAAGUGGGUGACAGUACUUCAAUCAGCGAUGAAAACUUAAUUAAAUCAUCAGAAAAGUCUGACAUGGUAAACCCUGUGCAAAAACAAAGAGAUGAAACAUAUUUGAGAGCAGCAGGCCCAAGAAUUUAUGAAUCUCGUCCUGACGUACUAUUAGACCAAAACCUUCCCAGACCACCAAUCGUCGUUACGGAUAAGCCCAAACCAGAAGAUGAUCCGUUUAUGAAUGGAAGAAACGGCGUAUGUGAUCCUAAAUGCCAACCAUACAAAAAGGAAAUGUGUAAGGAAAACAAAGGUUUAUGGACUUGCCAGUGUAGACCAGGUCAUGCGAGAAGAGACAGCCACGAGGUUUGCAGAGAGAUCCAAACAUUUGUCAUGCUUUUAAAAGUAGUCAAGAUGGGAAAUGAAAGUCUGAACUUCAGCUCGCCACUUUCGGACAACGAUUCUGAUGAAUACAAAUAUUUUGCUAGAAAUGUUGAAGAAGGAAUCUCGGAUGCUUAUUCCAUUACGAACAUCAAGGAUCAUAUCUGGGAAGCCGAAGUCAAUAAAAUCUUGCCCGCUGAUACUGUGCAAAGCUCAGAAUUCAUGCAGCAACUGACCCCCUCAACACCAGAAGAAGGAGGCGUUCUGGUCAAUCUCACCCUCAAAGUUAGUAAGAGUGUAAGUGGAAAUCUACUGGAGCAAGAACUGACGCGUUCGCUACAAAAUCUGGGAAUGAGGGUUGGAGACUCUUCCCUGCUGGCCGCUCCUUUGUCUCAAAAUGUUCAAGAUUACGAUGAAUGUAUCGAUGCUCGCGAAAAUGAUUGCGCUCUUCGAGCUACAUGCAUCAACUUGGAGGGCUCAUUCACGUGCCAGUGCGAGGAAGGAUAUGAAGACAUGGAUCGCUUGUUGCCCGGACGAAUUUGUUUAGCAAAAACCGAAAAUUGUAAUUAUUGUCAUGGAAGAGGAGAUUGUUUGAGAGGAGAUGACGAUAAGACAUUUUGCAGAUGCCAACCAAUGUUUGUAGGUCGAAGAUGUGAAAUAAAUGGACUUGUGCUGGCUGUUGCUUUGCCCACUGCCGUUGCAGUAGUGGUUGUUCUUCUGUGCUUCGUGUUGUGCUGCUGUCGCAAAUGCCGGAAGAAAACCCCCUCCCCCAACGGCGGGGAUCCUGGAAGUGUCUUUCGAGGCAUCGCCCUGAAAGGCCCCUUGGAAGGAACCUUGGACAGAAAGGCCAUGAUUGAUACCUCUAGUGAAAGUAGCGGAGAGCAUGGGAGGAAAGGAAUUCCUUUCGACGGAUAUCAGGAAAGUGGUGAUGUCACUCCCCAUAAGGGCAGCAGAAGGAGUGACCUGAGUCUCAAUCGGAGUCUAUCCACGGGCUACACUUCGCCCCCAGUCAUGAUUCCCAGGGCUAAACAGCCUCCGGGUCAAAAGCCAAUGAACUAUACCGUGUAUGACGGCCAAGUGUAUGUCUGGUGAAAGAAACAAUGAGGCGCAGGGCGUCUAACACAAAUAGGAAUAAUUUUUAAAAACAUUGUCUGUUCAAGCUUCACGUGAGCAUCUUGUUUGUCUGCUGGGAUUGUCUUUCAAAAGAGAUAGUCCAACCAGCAUCGCCAAGAUAAAGAUCCUCACUCUAUGGACAGGAAACCGAUGGCUGUUUCUUGAAGUAAAAUGACUACCAAGAUGCAUGGACUUCUUUAGCUGUGCUCCUUUAUAUUUGUCUUGUGGCGAUUAUCGACUUCUGUUCAAAACAGAGACUUUUAAAGUUGAGUGAUCUCACAGACUUCAGUUGCCAAACUUUGUAGUGCAAGAUUAGAGACUGUUUAUAAUUUCUAACAGUAAUAUGGCUUUAACAUCGGGAUGGUUGGAAAGAUUUCUCAGGAUUUUUUUUGUCCAUUUUUUUUUAAAAAAAUCAGGUUAUACCUAGCAAUGGACUCGAAGAAAUAAAAGAGGAUAGUAAAAUUUAUAUGACAAUCGUUAAAAUAUUUUUUAAAAUAAUUUUUCCAAUAGUUUUUCAAUUUUUUUUAAUUAUGAGGCGAUACAUAAAGAAUGAAUAAAUAUGCAUACAAAAAAAAAUGAAGUUAAUUUUUAAAAAUUUUUAUUUUAAGAGAUUUUUUUUAUUAGUUGAAAUGUAAAAUAUCUGUUAAACCAUUAUGCUUUUAACGUCUCAUAUUAAAAAUAUGACAUUUUGUUUUGCUAAAUUUCUUCAAAAAUUAGAAAAAUCCUUAAUAAAUGUUUUCUUGAGGUUUUGGCUUAUAUAUAUUUUAAAACCACCAUUUGAAUAUGUAUCUGUUGUUUUUCAUCAGUAUUCCGUACUAUGAACGGCAGUUAUAUAAUAAUUUAUAUUUUAUGUUUUUUUAAUGAAGCAUAAUUUAUGAAUUUAUAAAUGGUUAAACUUAUAUACGAUUAUUGCUAUUCAUUUUAAUAAAAAUAUUUCAUUCAUAUGUGUAUGAGAAGAACUGGCUUUAUUUAUUACUAAUAAAUAAAACUGUAAAUAAAGUAUCUGUUGUUAGUCUUUUUAAGAAAAGUAAGCUUCUUUCUAUCUCAUUAUUGAAUGACACAAUGUGUUUCUUACUGAUUAAAAUACGAUUUCACGUUUCGAAUGACGGUAAAUGUAACAUUUAUAUUAAAGCAGCAUUGUGGCUGCCAUUUUCAGAGUUUUAUGAGGAUAUUGUUCGACUUUUUCAACAAAUGAAUGAAAAGAGAACAAUUUUGUAACAUAACAUAUUUUGGAGACCUUCUGUAUAGUUUUUAACAAUUUCCUGGCCGUCUUUGUAUC